AUGGCUCUGCAGGAGUACAAAAUUUUGCAGCAAGAUGAUACAGAUCAUAAUAUCGAGACUUUGAUGUAUCUCAAUUUACAGCGACAACUUCGUUACUUCAAAGGAGUUUCCUUCGCUCUCGGCAUUUUCCUUUCAUUUUCGCUAUUGUUUAAUGCGCUGUGGGUUCACCAGACCUUGCAAUUGAUGUCGAUACCCAUAUUAACACCCACCAAAUACACUGGUCUUGUGCGAAACAUAUCAACUCCUUUCAUCAUAGACAACGUGUUCACCAAUGAGAAUAGAACCAUUGCAGAUGCAGCUUGGAGCUCCCCGGAUCUUGAUUCGGAAGUCGGACUCGUCGCUUUGACAGACGAGUACGCCAAGUCGAAAGGACUGCUUCCGGCACAGCGCUGGCCCUGGGAUCAUUCAAAAGGCAUCUACGUUCUGAACGGCUUCCACAACCUUCACUGCCUUCAACUUGUCUGA